AUGACCUCGCUCGACGUCGACAUGAACACGAUCAUCUCAUCCUCAGCUUUGGUCGGGCUCGCUACCUUAUCGGUCUAUUCGGGAUCUGUCGGAUCGUACAACCCUCCUGCUGAGCUCGAAUGUCUACCGACGUCCAUCGACGAGAACUCCAUUCCGGGGCAAACGCCGCUAAGAAACGGAGUAUCUUUACGAGCUCGACAUGUAUUUGUAGGAGUCGCCAUAGUGGCUCUGUCCUUUCCUAUCUAUUUGUUGGUUGGGCCGGACCCAAUGGCUAAAAUAAUCCGAUUUAUGUAUUGUGUUAUAUCUACCAACAGCCUUUGCUGGACCCUGUCGAAUCUAACCAGAUCCAUACUCGGAACCGACUGCUAUCGAAGGAUACCUCGCAUUCGCCUCGUUCUCGUCGAGUCAAGGAUCUACUUGGACUUUGAGCGUCGCUCCACUCGCCCCGACCCACCAGCCAUCAGCACACUACAAGGGGUCCGUCUGACGACUCUUUUCUAUCUACUUGCUUCUCUGGCAACAUCGAUUUCGUAUAUGUUCGGCAGCUCCAAAUCUAUUUAUAUCUCGGAUGUCUUGAUGUUUUCGCUGGCCCACGUUGACAUGUCGUUGGUAAAGCCCGGUCGCUUACGAACGGCGUGUCUCUUUCUCGUCUUGGUGCCAAUGUUAUUUGGUUGGCCAGCAUUUUCCUUGGGAUACGGUACACUUGCCGUGUCUGAAAUUCCCAAUCUCAACAACCCAAGCCAGCUUCUUAUCCCCACCACUCUCAACUCGCUCUCAACACAGCCAACCAGGAUAAUUGUCUUGAGUGCACUCGACAUUAUCCUCCCGGGGAAAUUUGUGGCUUUUGCGUAUAGGCUUGACGCUCAUUUGCGUCGCCAAAGUAAACAAGGGCCACUCACAUACUUUGGAGCAACCUUGGUGGGGUAUACACUCGCGCUGUCGAUCGCACUCGGAGUGACACAUAUACUCGGGGUUGCGCAGUUGGCUUCGUUAUAUAUAAACCCAAUGUGUUUCUUGUCGUUUAUGGGAACAGCGCUCCUCAGAGGAGAAUGGCGUUACGUCUGGGCAUGGAAGGAAGGCGCACAGGAAGAUCUUGGUGAAGCCGAGGCUGAGAAGAAUGGGGUAGGUAUGAAGGAGGGUGGAUUAGUAAUGCAGUGA